AUGCAACUCGAUUACGGCCAGGACGAUUCCUCUCCACCUUCCGUUCAACAGUCUCAGGAGAAACCAGCGGCUGUUGUUACCCAAGAACCGACAGCGAAACCCGACGUUGAUGUUUCAAUGCGUGAGGAAGGUGAAAUAAGUGACGAAGAGGAGGAACCGGCGCCAAAGCCUCCGCAUCGGACAACAGCUGCAAUUGCUGCUCAAGACUCUUUUAAAUAUUCGAUAGGGUCGAAACCUUCGCUGUUGGACCGGCUCACAGACCCACAACCACAACCACCGCCACCUCACAUGGUCCAUGGCCUUCCCCGUAAACCUGUUACAUCGGCGCUACCCCCUCGUCCACCGCCUACCCAACCGCGUUCAGCCCUACAAAUCAGCGAAGAACAAGUGCGGCCAAAUCUUCACAUGACUCAAGCGGAGUACGACAAGGCCAAGGAUAUCAUUCUCGAUCUAUUGGGAUGGGGUGUUCCCCCUCAUUAUUUGGUGGACUGUGGAUUGACGCGGGAGAUGGUAUUCUACGUUUUCAAUGAACUCAAUUUACGACUACCUUCCAACCUCGACACCACCGGAUUGAUGCCGUAUUCGCCUGAAACCAUUCACACUUUCUCCGUCGUCCCCCCGGGACCUUCGCGACCGCCUGUUCCAGCCUCCCCUGCGCAACCAUCGCCCGUCAGCCGCAAACCCGAGGGACCUUCUCCUAUAGAAUCUGUCGCGACGCUUUCGCUACCCGCCACUCCUACUCCUGCUCAGCAAAAACACCUGGACGAGGUGGAGAGUCUGAAAAAGCAGGAGUUAAUGGCUCGUAAACAAGCGCUAGCCAGUCGCCGGAGGCGACCCGUCGCUCAGCCUGCUGAGAAGCUCGUCCCGAUAGAGAACACCCCCGAUGCAUCGGUAACAGCAGCCGAAGACUUCCUCAAGUCUAUAACGCCCACGGGUCGUGUUCCUCCGUCGCCUAUGGACCUUGUCGCCGAUUCGCGUGUGCCUUCCUCUCCCUCAGAGCAAACCGGAAAGGGCGCGUCGUUUACGCCUUCGCCCGCAGUUCUAGAACCUCCCCCAUCUUCUACCGAGUCCGUCACGACAACCUUUAACAAAACGAUGCGGUUGUCCCCGCGUCAGAGCUCUGUCCCUGAGAAGUCCCCGACGACCGAUCGCCCGCCCCCCACACCUCAGUAUCCCGUUCGCAAAGCCACAAGGCGUCCCGUUGCUUCCGACUUCGUAGACCUCGACGGACAUGCUCGAUCCAUAACCAGGGCGAGUAGUCACGAUGGCGCUCAAAGCACCUACAACCAACAGCCCCCUCGGAGCGCGACCAGCUUCAUCAGCAAUGUUCGCCCUGUCAGAUGUGUGAUCGAUUUGAGUGACAGUGAGUCUGAGGAGGAGGAAGCCCCCGUACCACCACAGAAACGGCAUAAUGGGAUGAAGUCGUCAUCUGCUACCCCUUCGAUCAGCACUGCGAUGCUGGAGGAGAAGGAGCGGGAAAUUCAGCGGAUGCGAGAAGAAAUUGCUAAACGCGAGCAGGAGAGCCUGUUAAAAAAACUUGGGUUGAAAUCCGGGCCAGUAGCUUCUAAUGGACACUCGCCAGCGCCUUCGACCUCAGUUCCAACACCCGGCGCAGCCAUCCCUACGCCACCCCCGCCGACGGCCAAUGAAUCUCCGACAGUCUCCUCAACCCAACCGCCUCGUAUGAAAACCUAUCGUCAUCGUCCUCCACCUACCACCACUGACAACACCUUCAGCUGGGACCUCCACGGCAACGCCUUCCGUAUCCCAAGCAGAAACAUGUUUGUGCCCCUUUCCCAGCCCGCUUAA